GAGAGAGUUUCCUGCUUUACUGGUACAGUGAGUUACUGAAAGUGAUGUUCGCGUUCCCAAUUAUGAAGCAACAGGUAUGUAACAUAUGUAUUAUUAUAAUUAUUUUAAGUUGUCAUUUUUUUACUAGGUUAUUAUAUACGACAACAGUUGACCGGACAUAUUAACUGAUAAUGAGACAGGGUCAAGUGGACACGUUGACACAGUCAGUUAGACAUAUUAAAUGCUAGACGAGGCAGGAUCGACUGGACAUUAGCUGAUGUUUAUUGAACAUAUUAUAAAUAAAUAUGGUCAAUUGAAAAAAAAAAAGGAACACAAUACUAAGUUAAUGCUGUUAUCCGUUAAAAUGGUUAUGUAAUUUAUUAUUAUUAUAUACAAAGAACCCACGUUUACUACAAAUUAAGACAUUUUCGAAUACGGGUCGGCAGUCUAAGCCCGCCCUGCUAGCCCCCGCUAGCCCCAGCUCCCUUAUAAUGCUAGACCACGACCUUCGCAUGUACAGUUAUACAUACCUGCUGUUGUAAUAGUUUACCCUCAUAAACACACACACUCACGAAGACACACAGAUAAGAGACUCGGACGACAGCGCGCUUGUGUUAUAAGCGACGGACAGACGCAUCUUUGCUAGAGUUAGAAGCGACAAAGUAUUAUUGUAGUCUGGUAAUUAAACCUUUAUUAAAUAAAUAAAUAAAUAGAUAAAUAAAUAGAACAGUUAAACACUUAAGUAGUCUGGCCGUGGUUUGGUGUUUGUGAGUUUGAAUCCUAUAAUAUCGUCUUUGAGUCGAAAGAAAAAUAUGGAUUUAUAAUUGCACGCAACCAAGAAUCGAUUAUUUCAAGUUGCAAGGUCUGAACUACUUUUUGUGGGUAAUUUAGGGUCCGUCUCGAUCCGCCGUCCCCCAUGGCUCUCUCACUCAGGGAACCUCCUCAGAGGCGACGCUCACUUGGACCCAUCUCCCCUAAACGGCUCUACAGGAACCUGUCUGUCAGGCUGAGGGGCGGGGCCACCACCGACCAAUCACAGCCCUCCACCACGGGCAAGGUGGAGAGCAGACGGCAUAACAGGAAGUCAGCAGCAUCUUAUCUCUCUCUCUUUGACGCAGUGGAGAAUGAAGACACUCAGGCAGUCCACCUCAUGCUCUCCUCUGCUGGUCUGCCGAAGGAGGAUCUCAAUGGUUUGAGUUCGGAGGGACUGGUUCCCAUGGACAUCGCUGUGCUCACCAGUAACACCCCACUGGUCAAGAUACUAGCACAGGCUGGAGCCAGGGACAACCCCCACUUGACCAGCGUUGAGGAGAGGGGGUCUCAUCUGAGUGCUCUGGUCUUGGAGGCAGGGCGUAGGGUUCUAGAGCUUACCAGGGAUGUGAAGGAGUGGCUUGAAACAGAAGAGGAGGGAUCCCAGAAGAGGAGGGAGCUUAGAGUGUGGACCCUGAGACUGCAGCUCUAUACCAGGAUGAGAGACAACUACCAGAGCACAGUAGCCCCGGGCCCUCCCAGUAAUGUAGCUAUACAGGUAACCAGUGAGACAUCACUCAUGGUAACAUUUCGGGAGCCGACGAGCAGCCCAAAUUCAGGGGUUAUCACUCAGUACAAAGUGGAGUGGAGUUGCAAUGAGAGCUUUAACCCUUUGUGUGGCUGGGAGACAGUUCAUGAUCUGAGGGUCUUGCAGUUCAGCAUCACUGGACUGACUCCAGGGCUGCAAUAUUUUGUGCAAGUCUUUGCCUACAAUGUGAAGGGGUGGGGCCCUGCUCAGAUUUCCAGCCCUCCCAGUGCUGUACCAUCUAGUUGGAAGGAGUGCUGCAGCGUGAUCCAGAGGAGGAGGAGGGAGCAGGAGAGAGCUGUGAGCAAACUGCUGGAGCAAGUGGAAGAGCCACAGUAUAGAGGAUUCUUCAUAGAGACCUCGAAAGUCCUUGCUCCCAGUAAGAGUCUGUCUGUGUCCCGAAGCCUCAAGCAGCUCUUCCACUCGGCAAAUAAGUUCGCCCGUUGCCUUCAGAGGGGGGUGUACCUGGGAACUGUUUUCUACCAUAAAGACAACAUCCUGGUUACUGCCGAGGAGCAGAUCCCAUUGGUGGAGAUCGACAGUUGCUCCACUUCCGUCACACAGGAGUUGAAUUGGUUUGUGAAGCUGUCCUGUGCCUGGAAGGAUGUCCAGUGGCUGCAGCAGGGAAUGGCCUCAGCUCUCUCCUCCUCCUCCUCAGUGCUGCAGACCAGACAGAAGAUCCUGCUAGCAGUGUCACAGCUACAGAGUGCUCUAGGCACUGCAGACCUGGGGCAGGUUUACUACGAGCCCCUCCGAGACCAGCAGGGGAACAUGCUGCUGCUCACUCUGCGCCGGGAUGGGGGACCAUCGGUCUUCCAGAGGAGCCUGAGGAAGAGCAGCAUGGCCACAGCAACAGGUCUGCAGCAGGAGCUCACCGCCAUACACACACUCGCUGCACAGCUCAAGGAGAAGCUGGCCUAUCACAGGCGCAGCACCCAGACCACUCCCCCUGGGCUCUAUCUCGGCUUUCUAAAGCUCUAUAGCUCCGUGGAGCAAAAGAUCCAGGUGCUGGUGCCUCAGAAACAGCCCAACCUGCUUUGCCACUGUCGGGUCAGAGAGAACAAGCACGUCUCCCGAAUGGAGUGGGAGUGGCUGCAGGCCCUAUCCUCUCAGAACCAAUCAGUGGAUUUGAGGAGCCGCCCCCCCCAACCUCCUCCUAGUGUGUUUGUGAGGGAACUGAGAGGCGCUGUCAUUCAGCUACUCACCCAGCUCAGCAUCCCUCUCGCUAAGGCGCGGGAUUACCGUCUCUACACACAGGAAGUGCUGCAGUUCGGGGACAAUGUCUCCUUCCUGCUGCUGCUUCCGCACCCCGAGGAUAUUUGGUCCGCCCCGGAGCAGCACGGGAGAGUCAACGGCUUCCUGACACUGCCGCUGCACAUCUUUGAACUUGUUCACUUCUCUGCUUAUGAGUCCGAGUUCUACUUGCGGUACUGCCAGGCCUCUGUGCUGCUGGAGCUGGACUCCAAACUAUCUCAGCAGGCUCUGAGGGAGGCCCUGGACAAGACGGAGGCACAGAGAGCCAAGGAGAGGCACACCCAGGUCAUGGAGCUCUCGCAGCGUUUGGAGGAGCUGUGGCGGGAGGUGCGCUGGAUCCCCGAUGCUCUGCAUUGGUACAGACAGGGCUGCUGUGGAGCCCCUCUACACUGCUUCAUGGAGGCCAGCGUUCACACAGACACCGGAGUGAAACCAGAGCCAGCCCUGGACUGCCCCCCACCAGCACCUUCCAGCUCAGAGUGUAGCCCUGGGCCAGACUCUCCCCACGGCAGCUCUGAAGAGGAUGAGGUGUUCUGGCCGCUGUGUGGCAGUGACUCAGACUCACCCCCCCAGCUCAGGAGCUCCAGGAGCCAGGUUCCCAGCCGGUACUACUCCCUGCGCCGGCCUGGGAAGGAGCCCUGCAGAGGGGCCCAUCUUCCCGAGAGGAGCCUGGUGGAGUGGAUCAACGGCUCCCAGGACAGCUGAGGAACAGUGGAGUUGUGGAAUAGGCAGCUCACUAAUAUAAUGGGACAGUCUAUGAGUCUGUGAUCCUGUGGUACUGUAUUCCAGGCAGCUUGUUAAUAUAAUGGGAUAGUCUAUGAACCUGUGGUACUGUAGUACAGUCUGCUCACUAACAUAAUGUGACAGUCUACAUGGGUAAAAGUGGCCAGUGAUCAUUUUGACAAUCACCUGGCCCCCCAAAGCUCUGGGAUUAUACAUAGUGGUGCUGUAACAAUUUUUAAAUCAUAUACAAUCUCUGCUUAACUCAGUCAGAUGUUGUAAAGCCAGGGUUCAUACAGUUUUUCUGAUACAAAUUUCAAGGACUUUUCAAGAAACGCUUAGACAAUUUUCAGAGACCUAAUUUAAGGAGUUAAAAAGCUUUUGCAUUAACAGUUUAUUUACCUGUAUAAUAACAAAAAUCCAAAUUAUACUCACUUUGGGUAUAGAUAGAGCCACAUGUUUUUCACAAAUACGAAAUAAAACAAAAUGCAGCAUAUAAAUUGAAAUAAAACAAAAUGCAACAAGAAAAUAGAAAGGAGAAAUAAUUAUAAGGCAAACAGAAUAACAUUUUUAAUUUAUACAAAAAAUACUGUAAUGUUGAGUGGAAUUAAGGAGCCAGACGAUCACAGCAAGAUCUCAUUCUCUAAACAGCAAGGGUCACCACACAACAACACAGCCCACAGAAGUGUGCAAGCUGCCCCUUUAUACCGUAAAAACAUGUAACCUUUAGGCAUAACAAGACAUACAAUGUAGACAUAAGAAGACAUGGUAUUGAACCCCACAAAUCGAACAAGAGACAAACACAACACGAUUGGACAACAUUCACAAGCACACAACCCCCCCC